CACCCACUUUCAACUGGAGCCCCGCCCCCCAAGCGGAGACGGCAAGACUCACAGGAUCUGUUGGUCCACGCGACAGGUUGCGCAAGAUCCGAGGGUUACUACAAGAUCGAUGCCAGAGAUAAGGUCAAGUACCUGCCACACCACCGGCGGAAACUGAGGCUUAACGAGAAGCUGGAGAAGAAGGCGAGCAGUGGGCGUGUCAACCGGGCCAAACUGAGGAGACUUGCGUCUGUCUUCAGUACCAGUGACGUCUCCAGCGACCUCGCCAAGUACAACCAGUUGAAGGCCAGAAAGAAGCUGCUGAAGUUUUCCAAAUCCACCAUCCACAACUGGGGACUCUUCGCCAUAGAAGCCAUCGCGGCGGACGAGAUGGUGAUAGAGUACGUCGGAGAGGUAGUGAGGCAGGCCGUGGCUGACGAGAGGGAGAGACGGUACGAGGCCGCGGGGAUCGGGAGCAGCUACCUGUUCCGUGUGGAUCACGAUUACAUCAUCGAUGCCACGAGGAACGGAAACAUGGCUAGAUUUAUCAACCACUGCUGCGAUCCCAACUGCUAUGCCAAGGUCAUCAGUGUUGGGACGCAGAAGAAGAUAGUCAUCUACUCCAAGAGAGACAUCGCCAUGGGAGAGGAGAUCACCUAUGACUACAAGUUCCCCAUUGAGGAGGAGAAGAUCCCCUGCCUCUGUGGGGCCCCCAACUGCAGGGGAACCCUCAACUGACGACCCCCCAGAUCACAGCGAACCCCUGUCACCCUUCUCGCACUCUCACUGUUUGUCAUUUCAGUGUUACCAUGGCAAACCAAACCAUGUGUGUGAUGUAAAAUUAUGGGUUGAUUACUGGGGAAACCCCUCAGCAUUAACUGAUGUAAUUGUGAACAAAAAGUUAGCAUGCCUAAAUUUUUGAGAGGCAGUAAAUUUUUGACGGUAUUCGUUUUUUUU